AUGAAGCACUUCAAAGCGACACAUGAACGUUUUUCAAUCAAGACGGAAACGACGGAGGGAAACAAGCGACGUCAGGUAGAGGCGGUCAUUGCUGCGAAGGCAGCUUCCACCCGCGCUUGUGAUAGAUUUAAGGAGACGAACGAUGGGAAACAACAAUAA